AUGAAGAUUUUGGGCAUUGGAAUUGGGAAAGCUCAGAAGUGGUGGGAGAAAGGGCUUCUACCUAAUAUGAAAGAGGUGACUGGUGCCCAAGACCUGGUGGAUUCUCUUUUGCAUGCGGGGGAUAAACUUGUAGUAGUUGAUUUCUUUUCCCCUGGUUGUGGAGGUUGCAAAGCUCUUCAUCCCAAGAUAUGUCAACUGGCAGAGAUGAAUCCGCACGUGCAGUUCCUGCAGGUUAAUUAUGAGGAGCACAAAUCAAUGUGCUAUGCUCUUAAUGUCCAUGUCCUUCCCUUCUUUCGCUUUUACAGAGGUGCUCAUGGUCGUCUGUGCAGUUUUAGUUGUACCAAUGCCACCAUCAAGAAAUUUAAAGAUGCUCUGGCAAAGCACAGCACGGAUCGUUGCAGCUUGGGUCCCACCAAAGGGCUGGAGGAGAAGGAGCUACUUGCUCUCUCAGCUAAUAAGGAUCUAUCCUUCGUCUAUGAUCCAUUACCUAAAGAAGAGCCACCAGUAUUUGUUUCUGAAAGAGAGGGGGAAGAGAUUUUAACUGCAGUAACACCACCAUUGUCUCAUGAAGCGAUGCUAUUGCCCCUUCCCCUUCCCAUUCCAUUUCCAUCCACUACUCGAUAA